GUACGAAUAAAUAAAUAUCGUCGAUUCAAUUAUCCCUCCGCAAUACAUUUUUCACGAACAGAAUUAAUCAAGGAUCGAAUAGUUCUCGACCUUUCAGCAUCCGCUGAACGCCAGUGCCGUAAGUAGAAGUGCUCUUUUUUUAGCCGAACCUCCUCCAAUAGGAUGGCUACGCAUCAUUCUGUUUCCACUUGUUCCGCAAGCUCUUCGCGUAAACGCGCAUAACCAGUGACGGAUCUGGUCUCCGAGGGGCCUUUAUUUUCCGAAAAGUUACUGGAUCCGACAAAUACGUUAAUAUAUAUUUUCGACAUUUACGUCUUCUCGGACGGCUAACGAUUAACGAACCAAAAGUUGGAUCAACCUGAGAGUUCCCCCUUCGAUACAGAUAAUGGAACAUCCGAGAAACGAUCAAUUUAAUCGUCGCGAGCGACUCGUGAUUAAUUCAAUCGUAAAUCGUCUCGAGCGAGCAACGAUUAUCCAUUUUAAUCGUAAUCGUUACUUCGAUUAAACUCCAUCGGACACUAGUGGAAACGUAGCCUGAGCUUUCGACGGAAACUCACGAGAUCCUCCGAAUGGCGUCCGAGGCCGAGAUCGAAUCGCCCUUUAGACGAAGCACGGAGUGACCAAUCGAGCGGUUCGGGUCGGUGGGGGCUGUCAAGGGACGGUAAACGAGUGCUUAUCGUGAUAUGUCGUCCUCGUAAUCGCAAGACAAGAUUCUCUCGGGGUGUUUUAACUCGUGACGUAAUCGUUCGACGACGCGACGAGGACAAUAAUAAUAAUAAUAAAAAAAAAAAGGACACGGGGAAACACCGAAGGACAAGGAAACCAAAGAAAGAGAGACAGUGGAGUUUAAUGGCUCUCAGGAGAUUGGAAAUACAAAAACAGGCUUCGCGCUCGCGAACGGGGCUCGCAACAAGCAACAUCGUCUCACGUUCGCUGGUCCCGUGUCCAAUUCUCCGUCUCGAUUUCGAUGACAGGCUGUUGUUGCUGUCGUCGCGAAUUCGGCUUCAGUUUCCGUGUCUGUUAUGCGUAAACGCGGACCGAGCCGAGUGUUUAUAACUGCACGAUCAGUGGCGUAACUACAGGCUGGUGCAACGCAUAUCGAAACACGAUUUCCAAGUCAACGGGUCCCCCGAAUUUAUUUAACAAAAAUCAAACGUAACUUUAUCGAUUGACGUCCGCUCUUUUUGUACAUUAAACACGCGUUUUCUACGUGAAUAUAUUUUCUUCGAACGGUAACGAACACGAGAAAAUCCUGUGUCUAUGUUGCUAGAAAUGUUUCGUUAAAUUUAACGCGUAUCGCGAGAUAUGUUGGUUCGUUCUUUUUACAAGAUAUAAACACGAUGCCGUGUUAUUUUCGUUUAGCAUCGUUCAUGUUUUGUCAAUAAUUAAUAUAAACAAAAUGUUUCGAGUAAAAUAUUUCUUGUAGGAUAUCCGUUUCCGAAAGGACCGCGCCAUAAAUUUGAACGCGAGGCCGCGGAAUUGCUAGUUACGUCACUACGCGCGGUACUGGCGGCGCCGAAGGGAAAGGGAAAGGGUGGCGGAGAAGGAGACGGAGCAAGUUGGAAGGGAGAGUGACACGGGGGGGGGGGGGAACAGUGUGCGUGCGCGCGUGAAGGAGCGAGAAGGAAAAUAGAGCCGAAGGCUCGUCGGGGACGGGAUAUAUUCGAAGCGGUGCGCCACACAUUUUCCGACGGAAGGUCGUUAUUUACCGUGGCGAAAAACUGUUGGUGAAAUAUUUUUCGAGAGGUCUAUCCUCGAUAGACGCGUCGCGAAUCGUACGACAACCUCCUCCGACCAGAACUCGUUGGGCACCGCGGCGAUGGUUCGAUCUGGUUGACCGAGUAGUUGACUAAUUUCUGAAUAACCUGCUCGUACGAUCUGAAGUGUCAGCUCGUCGACAGGCGUGACAGCCCGUCGACUGGCUCGUCCGUGUUCUGUUCACGAUGUUCACGGGGACGGUGAAGAUCGAAAUAUGCGAGGCAGUCGGACUAAGGGCGACAGACAAGCAGCGCAAGUUCUGGCAGGACGAACCUAUACUCGACCCUUACGUUCAGCUGGACGUCGACGAGAAUCAUCUGAAUCGUUCGUCCACCAAGCCGAAAACCUUCGAUCCAGUGUGGAACGAAUCAUUCACCCAUGACGUCCAGGAUGCAGUCAUGCUCGGGCUUACAGUUUUUCACGACGCGGCAUUGCCACCGGAUUAUUUCGUCGCCAAUUGCAGUAUCCCCUUCGAGGAGCUUGUCAGCAGAAACGACAAAACUGCAGACUUCUGGGUCGACCUGGAGCCUCAAGGAAAACUAAGGGUUAGGAUUGAUCUGAAGUGGAAUGACCAAGAUCAACAACGGGGUUGCGGUGCAGGCAAUGGAGAAGGCAUCGGAAGCAGAGGUGGUGGAAGCAUCACUGCUGGUCGAGAACCCAGGAGGGAGUUCAAAGAACGACAGGGUUUCAAUCGGCGACGGGGUGCUAUGCGACGUAGAGUUCAUCAAGCAAACGGUCACAAAUUUAUGGCUACUUUUCUGAGGCAACCGACUUUCUGUUCCCACUGCCGUGAAUUUAUAUGGGGCUUGGGCAAGCAGGGCUAUCAGUGUCAAGUUUGCACAUGUGUGGUUCACAAGAGAUGUCACAAGCUGGUUAUUACAAAAUGCCCAGGCAUGAAAGAGUCGACUCAUGAUACGGAAAGUCCGCGCUUCAGCAUAGACAUGCCGCAUCGUUUCGCUGUACACAAUUACAAAAGAUUUACAUUUUGUGAUCACUGUGGAUCGCUUUUGUACGGUUUAUUCAGACAAGGCUUACAAUGCGAAGCUUGUAAUAUAAAUGUCCACAAAAGGUGCCAGAAAAAUGUAGCCAAUAAUUGUGGGAUAGACACAAAAGCUAUGGCUGAAAUCUUAAGUACAAUGAAUAUAUCGCCGGAUAAGCAAAUAAAAACUCCAAAGAUUAAUUAUAGAACAACAACUUAUCAGUCUGGUCAGACACCUCCAACCGUAACCGUUACGGACACCUUACCGACGGAUAAUAUGCAACCAGUUCAAAAAACAGAGGACGCGCCGGUUAUCGCUACUGAAAAUACAGUACCUGCUAGUGAGAACCAAGUUAGAAAGCUUGGUAUCGAAGACUUCAAUUUCAUCAAAGUUCUCGGUAAAGGUAGUUUUGGAAAAGUGAUGUUAGUAGAACGAAAAACGAAUCCUGACGAGGUUUACGCCGUGAAAAUCUUGAGAAAGGAUGUAAUCAUACAAGAUGACGAUGUGGAUUGCACGAUGACGGAAAAACGUAUUUUAACACUGGCAGCGAAACAUCCUUUUCUCACUGCUAUACAUAGUUGUUUCCAGACAAACGAUCGAUUGUUUUUUGUUAUGGAGUUCGUAAACGGAGGCGAUUUAAUGUUUCAUAUUCAGAAAGCACGAAAAUUUGACGAAGCGAGAGCACGCUUUUACGCAGCAGAAGUUACACUCGCGCUUCAAUUUCUCCAUAAACAUCACGUUAUUUAUCGAGAUCUUAAAUUAGACAAUAUAUUACUCGACCAAGAGGGUCAUUGUAAAUUAGCCGAUUUCGGGAUGUGCAAGGAGGGCAUUGUCGAAGGGAAAACAACCACGACAACAUUCUGCGGUACUCCGGAUUAUAUAGCACCUGAGAUUCUUCAGGAAUUACAGUAUGGCGCCAGCGUCGAUUGGUGGGCACUUGGCGUUUUAAUGUACGAAAUGAUGGUCGGUCAGCCACCAUUCGAAGCGGACAACGAAGACGAUCUAUUCGAGUCCAUCUUACGGGACGAUGUAGUUUAUCCGAAAUGGAUCUCGGAAGAAGCAGUAUCGAUUUUAAUAGGAUUCAUGACGAAAAAUCCCGCCGAUAGGUUAGGUUGCGUUGCAGCUAAUGGCCGCGAGGACGCCAUAAAAACUCAUCCAUUUUUUCAAAGGAUCGAUUGGGAUGCGCUCGAAGCUCGUAAAGUGAAACCACCGAUCAGACCAAAAAUUAAAAGCGAAAAAGAUACGUUGAACUUCGACGCGGAAUUCACGAAAGAGGAUCCGGUAUUGACACCGGAGGAUCCGGACGAAGUAAACUGCAUCAAUCAAGAGGAGUUCCAUGGCUUUUCUUUCGUCAACAAAGACUUCAAUCCAGCUAGGUUUGGAGUACAGUAAGGAACACGAACCAGUGAACGAAAAAGAGGAUACAAUGUUAAUAUCAACUUAACGCUUCUUGCUUAACGAAAUUGGCGACGAUGUCAAUCUGCAAAGCUGAACAUCGGCGUUUUGAAGCUGCUCGGGGUCUCCUUUGUAUUUCGUCUUCGCCGAAGAAUCAUUUUCUGUGUUAUUGGAAGCAACGCUCAAGCUGCAAGAAAAAACAGUGGGUGGAGAUCAUCGAAAAAUUUGGAAACUACGGUUUAAGGUCUUCGGUGUCCGUUCCGUAUAUGAACUGGCAGUUUUUUCGCAGAGAUAUCGAUCGUUAACGAGCAAACGUGACGUUAAUUUGGCACAAGUAGAAAAACGCAUUCGAAUCUAAUUGUGUCUUUAAGGUUUGGCGAAGUCGCUGUUAUCUUUUCAUUUUCAUGGAAAGCCAGAUACCAGCGUUAUCGAGAGGAAACGCCAACGAGAGAUUCAAUUUGUGGUCAUUAGAGAGCAAACGUACUUUGGAAAUCGAGUACUCUGAUUAAGGAAAUUAGUACAAAAAAAAAAAAAAAAACGAAAAGAAAAGAAAAGAAAUGAGCAAAGAAAGUCAUUUUUGAUGGAUAGCGCAAAAGAUCGCUGGGCGAUCUGUUAUUUUCUGUUGAAUUGAUAUUCUUAAAAAAUAUAUAUAAUAUUGUUAGAAACUCUACAGAAGUAUUAGGGGAAGACGAAGGAUUUGAAUCGGUAAGAAUUUUUCAGUGACUUCUUAACCGUGUAUUUCGUUUCCUCUCAGAGCGCUUUUAGAGGAUUUUCCUCGACGCAGAGUGUUUUAUACCAGUGAAAAAGAAAGAAACAAGUUCGCACAGGAUCAGCUUUGAGUCUGAAAGGUGAAAAGAACAUUGAUAUCGAUUUAACUCUUAUUUCUUUUUUUAUUAUCACCGGUGAUUCGGUUUCUUAUAAAAUACGCGGGAAAAAAAUCUUUUCUGAUUUACAGACUCACGGUUAAAAUCGUGUAGAAAGACUUGGCACUUGUGCAUAAUUUUUUUUUUUUUUUUUUUUUUUUUUUUUUUUUUUUUUUUCAUUAGCGCUUACGUACUUACGCGAUAGUUUCGAUGCAUAUUAUAAGGAUUAUUUUUUAUUACGACGAAAGGAACGAUCGAUUCCGAUAUUGCUUGAAAAGUAAAUCGUGUUUUAGGUCUUUAGCGUAGUGUCGAGUCACUAGUGAUCAAGACUGAACGUAAGCUGGGCUUAAGUUUUGACAAAUCACCAGCCGGCACAAUUGCAAAUGUCGAGUCUGUGUAAAACUUGUGCAUAUAGUAUAGUUUAUCCAUAGAGAAUCGGGAAGUUGUGUUUCUGUUCGAACGAGAUCCGGCGUUCUCGAACAGUCUAAACUUUUCGUCGAGCUUUAUUCAGAGGAGCAUCUCGCAGCGCUUCUCCGAUAGGAUUUAAAUUAAAUUUAAAAAAAAAAAAAAAAGGGAAAAAAGCGAAAGAAAGAGCAACCAUGUUCGCACGACGAAGAUCGAGCAGGAUACGAUCUGACCUUGUGGUCAUGGUGUUUCAUACUUAAAAUAGAAUUUUAAGUGAUCAUAGACGCGACGGGAGUCCACUGGUGGUCACCGUCAAAGUUACGUAAAAGAAUGCAUACGUGUGUGUACGCGUAUAAACAUAACUUAUUGAAACAGUACGCCUAAAAACGUUGCGGACAAACGGGUCACGCGAUUAAGAACACUCGAGACGAUCGAACACGUUAAUCGCGUGAAAUACCCGCCCGUGUCCGCGGGUCUUUUGAUCGAUGCAAAUAUUAACCACGAAUGACAUAUGCGUGUUGAACACGCGAUUGUUGAACAUCUUAAUCGUUAAGCGAAUUUAAAAAAAAAAAAAAAAAAAACAAAACAAAAACAAAAACAAAAAGUCCACCUAGCGAAUAUCGAUGCACAUUCAAAAAUCUUCGUACGUGUUGUCUCUAGUUAGGUGUCUUUAAGGCUUGAAGCAUCAACCUCGUGUACUUAAGAUUAGUAAAAGCUGAAAGCUCUAUAUAGUAUUAAGUGGUAAAUAGUCGAGCCUUAUCCGCAACGUAAAGAAGCACCUGAAGUACGUAAAAAAAAAAAAAAAAAAAUAAAAAUAAAAA